AUGGUGAACUGCGCCGUCUACGGUUGUUCCAACCGGUCAAAAAACAAACCCAACGAUGAGAACUUUCAACCGCUGGGCUUCUAUGUCGUGCCCAAAGUCAAAGAAGGACAGUGUCUUAGGACAGCUGAGCUGUCUUCAAGGCGCAGAGCUCUGUGGCUGAGCAGAAUUCGUCGCAAAGACCUGGACGAAUUGGCGACGCAUUACCGAGUUUGCGGGGCGCAUUUCAUCACAGGACGACCAGCUUAUAUGAUGGAUGAGGCUAAUCCCGACUGGGCGCCGAGCCUCAAUCUCGGCUACAAGUCCACGACGCACGCUGGAAGAAGCGCAAGCGACAGGUAUAUGCGACUCAAGCAACGAAGGCGCGCGAGUUCUGCAGCCAACGCCUUUGAAUUAAGGCAGCGACCGGAGAGCGCGAGCACGAACGCGGCGCCCAUCGCUGCAGGAACGGCGGCCGAGGAGAUUUCUUUCAGUGACGAAGAAUCCCCCUCAUCAGAACAAACUGCAAUGCAACACCUUGUAGGCCAUGCAUCUCCCGAGGAGCCUUCAUGCUUGGAAUGUCCAGUUCUACAAGAAAAUCUAGCCAUAGCUCAGUGCCACCUGCAAGCGGAUCUGCAGAAUAACCAAGCUUCUGCAUGCAUGAUAGACAAAGAGGUGACAGCUGACCUGCUGUCAGCCCACAUCUCUUCACUGGAGGAAGAAAACCACCGCCUUCAGCAUGACCUGGAUAUUGCACGCAGUCGCCUGGCAAAGGCAGCCCCUGGAGACAGGGAUGUGCUCCGCAGCAACCCAGACAUGGUUGUUUUUUACACAGGGCUGCCAAAUUAUGCAGUUUUGGAGGCUGUUUACAUCUUAGUUGAGCCUCAUAACUGCAGUUGA